ACGACUCACCUGUGGGUGGGAGGAGGAUCUGGGAUUAGCUGUAGCCGCAGGUAAUAGCCAAACAUUGAGGAGACUCACGGCAACACAAGACUAACACAACAAGAGUCUUACCAACAAAAAAAAAAAAAACCCAAAAAAACCCGGAGCCGAGCUGCGUUGUUCGACUUGAGGCAGCCGACUUGAGGCUUGCAAAGUGUGUUGUUUUGUGGAAGUGAAGACACCUGGAAACCUGUGGGCGGUCGAUCUCACUCCUUCUUUCUCCGUUUGAAGCAGCAGCAGAAGUUUUUCCCUCUGUGAGACUUCCGCGGUUUGCUCGCUGAACAAGUUAUCUGAGAUAAAAAAAAAAGACAACCACAAGUGUUUUCCUCUUAUGCGGUCCCAGGUAUUUUGAGCCAUGCCUGGCCACAGCACAGGGGCUCCCCAGGUGUCCCGCCACCACAACCACAACCACAAACACCAACACCAACACAGCUCCAGAGCAGACAAGUACCGACCUACUCGGACUAUAUCCAGGGAGAGCACGGCCAGCCAAGACUCCUACAAGGAUCCCCAUGGGGAGCAUCUACACGAGCACCGCACUGACCACACCCGGUAUUCGGAGAACAGGUAUGGUCGCAGCAAAGGCCACCCGCGCAAUGGCACGGGUCGGGGCUCGGAGACUAUAGGGUUUAUUCCCGGGUCGGCAGACAGCACGCCCGCCAGCAGACAUGCCUGUGGCUCCUGUGCCUCCAUGGGGUGGAGUGGCUGUAAGGCUCUCAUCUGCUGUGUACUGACCUGUGGAUUUUAUGGCAGCCGAGAGCCCUGCCUGCCCGUUAACGAGAGCUCCACAGACCACCCCCCUAAAGCAGGCGGCGAGCCUCACCCUCCUAAUGGCAUUGUUAUGACCAAUCCCACUUGUGGCACCCCUUUGGAGUCCAGCAAGACCACUAAAGCCACCAAGUUGCCCACGAGUGACAGCUUCCGCUACCCAGAUGUGCGCAUCGCAGGUAAGACGGUAAGGUAUCCGGUUGCUGCGCCGAAACGAACCCGUACGCCGGGCAAGGGGGAAAGCCAGCGGCCUGUCAGCAACACCAGCCUGCUGUCCCGCGAGGACUAUGACUUAGAUGACCUGAGUGACACGGGCACAGACAUUGACUCCCUCAUCACCAAGAAGCUGCUGGAGCUUUACGCCCUGCACCAGAUUGACCAGCUGGCCAAGUGCACCUCUGACUCCUCUUUCUCCCGGAAGACCAAUGAGAUCAGCGAGCUCAUCUACAGCAUCGCCCAGGACUACAACCUGGAGGAGCAGGAGGCCGAGUGCAAGCUCGUGCACGGUGUCAUCCGCAUCAGCACGCGAAAGGGCAAGAGGAACAAGAGCCAUCAGUCGACGGGACAGCGUACCAAUGGGAGGAGCGACGGGACUCUCCCUGACAGUGGCAACGAGACCAUGACCAACACGUUCGUCAGCAGCGACUUUCCGGAGGUGAAAGUGUCGGAGCAGACGCCAUCGGACGAGCUGGCGAGGAAAAUGAGGCAUUCCAGUGGGAGAAUGUACUCCUCCAGCACUGCCACAGCCUACUCGCCCUACCAUCAUGACACCGAAACAGACUCUUCAGGCGCUCCUCUUCUGCUCUGAAGGGUGACACAGAUACAGACGUACCUGUACUGACAAGUGAUGUAGCCAAAUAGAUGGACAAUGAUAUCCUUCUUUUUUUGUAUAUCUGUUACUGAGUGGAGUACCUUUUACCCGGGGCGGCGGUACUUCUGCUUUAAGUGGUCCGGCUGAUGUUUGCUAUUGGAGUGUCGUUUAAAUUUGUGGACCUUUUUUUUUACUCUCCAGCAAAUGACUCAACGAGAAUUGUUUGUUUUUUUACACAGGGAAAGACAUUGCCGUUUUUAUGUAUUUGUAUGCAGUGUUUAAAGUUGUUUUCGGAAAAGGAAACAUGACUACACUAUUAGCAGUGAGGCCAGAGGAUAGAGACUGAUUGUAAAGUAUCCGUCCUCAUUCUUGUCUGACUGUUUAUGCAAGCCAUUGUGCAUUUAUUGUAUGUAUGUAUGUAUGGGCAUAUUGACUCCUGCCGUUUAGAGUCCUUGAAAGCAUGUUUUGACCUAAAAACUGCAUUGUUAAGCCAUAUUUUGAUGUCAAUGUUACCCUCUGGGUUUUUAAACCUUUUGUCAUUGACCACAGUUUUUUUUAUUCACAGAUAAGUCCUGUUUUUAACGAAAUAAAAAAGCUUG